UUUCGAAUUCGUUGACAAUAAGUAAUUCGACUUAGUUAUUAUAUCAACCAUGUAUAAACAUUAGGGACUACCUAGAGUAUGAUCUUCCAUUUAUGUACAAAUUUUGGUCGUGUAAAUGGCUCUCUUUGGCGUUUGUUUGAAUAAAAACCGAGAGAAAUGGGACAAAGCAAUUUCUGAUGGUCGGCGAACUUUCGAUAAUAAUUACAAGAAACCAUCUGGUUAUAUGAUAAAGCAACAUGUAAACAGCAUUUUUUAAUGUUCUUUUUUCAUUUGAAAUACUCUUGAUACUUGGGAAAGAUAAUAUACAAAUUUCUAAACAUUGAAAAAAGUUUGUGUUGAUUGAUUCUUCUCUGAUUGAUUCUUCGACAUUUGAUAACUGCUCAAAAACCUUGCUAACCAACAACAGAAAUUGGAAGAAAUUGGGUUACUUGCAAGUCUAUUUCAUUUGUUGUUGUUUUAGUAUAUAGUAUCUCGGAUCCACAUCAGUUCUAUAGAAAUAUGUAUGUAUGUAUGUAUGUAUUAUGUAUGUAUGCGACGUUCACCUGAUAUUUUCUUUCUGUAAACGAGAUCUUCUGUUAUCGUGGCCUUGGAAGGGAUGCCAUGUCUAUCCCAACCAGGCUUUUUAAUGUAAUCAGUAGUUCUUAAAGGACCGAGUAAGAUAUAAAAUUAGCUUUAUACGUCUUAAAAGUGAUUUCCUUGAUAAUAUAACGAGAGGCAAUUGCAUUAAAGGAACCUUUUUACCAGGUUUUUAGCCACGACCGAUGUUUAAUCUUUACUUAUCCAGAGGGAAAUGCCAAAAGGAAGGAGAAAAUCUAUUUUUUUUUCUGGGUGGGUGUGGCAGCACACCUUUUCCUUCCCUAAUCUGUUAAACUUGACACUAAGUCUGUCUUUCUCUUGUUGUUUCAAACCUUGGACCUCUACUCUUCUGGCUCAAACCAGCUAUUUGGUGUUGUAUACAGGAUAAGAUAAAAGACUUUACUCAAUCCCGAAGGUGUCCCUCUUUUCUUGGGAAGGGGUGUUUCUCCUGAAAAGAGUGGCAUGUCUUUACAUUAGACCUAUGUCCACUCGUCAGGCUUGCUGAUGAUUAGGUAAGCAAUCCAAAAGCUUCUAUAGAUUCGUUGAUAAGGUCAAGAUACUAUGAUCAACAUGUGAAAUGAACAGUGGAAAUGUAGAUCAGCAGAAAUUGCUUUAAACAGCAGAAGCACAUCAGUAUCAUCAACACAUAGAAAUGAAGAUUGGGAUGAACAGUGGAAAAUAGAUCAAUAGCAAUUGACCAGAAGAAGGGGAUUGCAAGGAGUGCAAUGUCUUACAGUAUGCAGAAGCAGUACAUACCAGGGCAUUUUUUAACAUAUAAAGUGGUGGGGAAAUUCCCCACCAGCCCCUUUCAUUGCCCCACCAGUGGAACAUGUUUGCCCCACCACUUAAAUGCCCUUAUGAUUCGGUGACUUUUUUAAUUUUUACUUUAUUUGAGAAUUUGUGGAUGAAAUCUUCAUUGAACAGGUUUCAAAUCUCAAUUCAUUUUUCCCUGGAACUGCUGCUUCUAUAGGCGAUUCCCCUAGAAUAUUUUUGAAAGCCUGUUUAUCUGUAAAUUCUGCCUUUAUUUAUAUGCCCUUUUCUCAAAUGCCCCACCAGUGGAAAAUUCUUAAAAAAUGCCCUGGUACAUACAUCGUAGGUGUGAAUGCGAGAUGUCUUUAGAUAGAAAAAUUCUGUCGUUAAGAUUUUAGGCAGAGUGGGCAUUUAACAAAAGAUUCCUACUAAGAACUGGGGGAAGGGAAAUAACAUCAUUGGUACCAUCAGAACAAAAAAGAAGCAAUAUGAACUCAUUCGGAGACGGGCAGCGACUUCUGACAGUGAUGAAAUAUGAAAACGAGGUUUUUCAAAAUGGAUUCCCUUCUGAUAGGCAGUGCAGGGGUUGCUGCCUCAUCCUUGGUUUUGUGGUGGUUUUACAGAAACAAACGUGACUACUGUGAAGUCUUAGAGGAUCUGAAGCAGUAUCAAAUUGGUGAUGAGCUUACUAACAAAUUGGGGACAACACCAAAUAGCUCUAUACCAUACUGUUCAAUUAUUGGUUUGGUAAAAGGUGAUGAGACACCUUUAACUAGUACUAAUGCUAAAGAAUUUAAAGGUGUUAUCCUUGAGUCUAUAAUAGCAGAGCACAGGACUGAAUGGAAUAGUGACAGGAGAGAAUGGAAUGAUGUCCAACGCAUUAUCAGCAGUAACAAAAGCACAGUCGCAUUUUCCCUUGAAGGUGAGGACGGAAUAAAUAAAGUUGGGGUAACAGAACCACUAUGGGCAAAUGGUCUUUCUUUUGUGACAGUUUAUAAUCAUUUUGAGCCUGUGGUUUCAUCUUUGACUGACAAUCUCUUUGGUUUUGCAUCGGGGGACAAGCUCAAGGGAUAUGAAAGGACUGAACGAAUGUUACUAGAAGGAACAAAGUUGACAGCUCUUGGCAAAGUGCAGAUUGUAAGGGGAAAGACAAUUAUUGGCCCUCCUGAUGGAUCUUUGAAAUACAUACUGUCCACCGACUCACUUGAAAACAUUGUUCGUUCUGAGACAAAUUUUGCCAAACAUUUGAGAAGGUUCUCCAUUGCCCUCGCUGUUUUAAGCAGCACCCUUUUCACUGUUUGGCUUUGUCGGCUAUUAAGGAAAUGGUAUGUUGCAAGAAAACAAAGACUUGAAUUCGAAAAGCUACGCAAAGAAACUGUUGAUUCGGCAGAAAACGGCAAUGAGUGUGUUAUUUGCAUGGAAAGACCUCGCAAUAUUGUUAUCUUGAACUGUGGACAUAUCUGCGUUUGCAAGACGUGUGGCGAUGUGCUAGUCACGUGCCCUAUAUGUAGAGCACAGGUUGUUAAAGUCGUACCUACUUACGUCGUGACAUGAAUAUUGUGAUCCCACUUUUUAGAUAACUGUUUUUGUAGAUUCAUUUUCAUUAAGAAGACCAGACCUUUUUAUAGAUUAAUUUUCAAACGAGUUUUCUGAAAUGCAAACUGAAUCUUUAAAUUUUUUUGCGAUUCCUCUAUUGCAUAUAACAAAUGUAUAUAGUAACCGCGAGCUCAAGAGGAAUUUGGCAACAAUGAAUGCAUGUUCGCUCUAGGGUUUCACAUGCGUCCUCUUCCUUGUCUUCUUAUAUACAUCCUCGAGGAAAUGUUUCGAUAUGACUUUUUGAGUUGGAAAAAUAAGCUAUGUCAUUGGAACGUUAUUUUAUUCUUUUCACCUUCUCUUUAUUCAUUGUUACUAAUCUAAUCUGAUACUAAUCUAAAUCUGGAUAUGAAUGGCUCAACCGAAAGAAAAAAUCAAAUUUGAGCUAGAGCACCAUUUUUUGACAAUCGGAACCAACGCUCUUCUUCCGUGUUAAUUAUCGUUGAGCGAAAUCUUCCUAAUGUAAGUUAUAAUUUCACAUUUUGCUAGAGAAACAAUGUUUUUCAUUACAGAGUUUUUUUCAAUUUAAAUUUCUUUAUUUGGUGCAGGUUUCGUUUCCUUAUUCUUAUUCAGGUGGCUCAUUUUUAACAGCCAUUCAUAAUCUAGGGCGAAGUGCCAACACUGAAACAGCCUUGCUCAAUCAUUUCUAAGCUCUUAAUAAACGGGCAGUAUCAGGUAGCAAAUUUACCAAUGCUAAGAUCAAGAAAGACAAGUAAAACUCCAUUUCGAAAGCAAGGAAAUAUAUUUGCCAUCUAGAAGUUCUUAAUCGGAAAUUUCCAAACUUAUCGGCAAAUAAAGGAUGGCUCACCUAAUUGUCGGCAAAUGGCCCUUGGAAACCCCC